GCCGCGCCCUUGGUCCGCUCGUGGGCUCCGCCACCCCGCGCCUAUCGGCACCUGCCGCGCCGCCGUCGCCGGCUCCAGAUGGGGAAGGACCAAGGCUUCUCUCGACACUUUCGGAUCUUCAUCCCCAAGAAGCACCGGGCGCGCUUCGACGAGGUGGUGUCCCAGGGUCUGCUGGGCAAGCUGUGCCGCGCCCGGCGGGCGCAGGGCGCGCAGCGGCUGCGCCGGAGCCGCAGCGAGGAGCGGCCCGAGCGCCUCCUGGUGUCCACCCGUGCCAGCGCCGCCCCGCGCCGCCCCGAUGAGCCUCCCCCGCGCAAGGCCGCCUCGCUGCUGGGCGGCCGCACCGGCCUGGGGGGCGCGCGCAGGACGGUCCGAGUCUACAAGGGCAACAAGAGCUUCGGUUUCACGCUGCGGGGCCAUGGGCCUGUCUGGAUCGAGUCUGUCCUUCCUGGGAGCCCGGCCGACAAUGCUUCCCUCAAGUCGGGCGACCGGAUCCUCUUCCUCAAUGGACUGGACAUGAGGAACUGCUCCCACGACAAGGUGGUGUCCAUGCUGCAAGGCAGUGGUGCAAUGCCCACACUGGUGGUGGAGGAGGGUCUCACCCCAUUUGCCAGCGACUCCGAUUCCUUGGACUCCCCCAACCCGUCGUCGGCGCUCACCUCCCUGCAGUGGGUGGCGGAGAUCCUGCCUUCCAGCAUCCGGGUGCAGGGGAGGACUUUCAGCCAGCAGCUGGAGCACCUGCUCACGCCUCCUGAGCGCUAUGGGGUCUGCCGGGCCCUGGAGAGCUUCUUCCAGCACAGGAACAUCGACACUCUCAUCGUCGAUGUGUACCCUGUGCUGGACACACCUGCCAAGCAGGUCCUUUGGCAGUUCAUCUACCAGCUGCUUACCUACGAGGAACAGGAGCUCUGCCAGGAGAAGAUCGCCUGCUUCCUGGGCUACACGGCCAUGACAGCAGAGCCAGAGACCGAGCUGGACCUGGAGCCUGAGCCAGAGCUGGAGCCAGUGCCUGAGCCCCAGCCACGGAGCUCCCUGAGGGCCUCCUCCCUGUGUCGCCGCAGCCUCCGGUCCCAGGGCCUGGAGGCCAGCCUGGGCUGUGGUCCCAGUGACUGCCCCGAGAUGCCUCUUCCUCUGAUCCCAGGCGAGCGCCAAGCAGGCGACGGCACAUCUCUCCCUGAGACCCCCAACCCCAAGAUGAUGUCCGCUGUCUAUGCAGAGCUUGAGUCCCGACUGAGCAGCAGCUUCAAAGGGAAGAUGGGGACCACAUCCAGAUCCCGUGCUUCCCCACCAGUGCCCAGCUCGGCAGGCACGGCAGGGCCCAGGACCUCGUCCAGCAUCUCCUGGCCCAGCGAGCGGCUCCUGUCUUCCCCCUGCUACUACCCACUGUGCUCAGGGGGCCCGGCCUCCCCCAGCAGCUCCGAGUCCCACCCCUACGCCAGCCUGGACAGCAGCAGGGCGCCCUCCCCCCAGCCCGGCCCCGGGCCCACCCGCUCUGACAGCCCCCCCAGCCCGGCCCCUGCGUGCCCAGCCAGCCGCAGGAAGCUCUUCACCUUCUCCCACCCCUCGCGAAGCCAGGAUACCGACCGCUUCCUGGACGUGCUGAGUGAGCAGCUGGGGCCCCGGGUCGCCAUGGUGGAUGACUUCCUGAGCCCCGAGAACGACUAUGAGGAGAUGAGCUUCCACGACGACCAGGCCAGCUUCGUGACCAACGAGCGGAGCAGCGCCAGCGAGUGCAUCAGCAGCAGUGAGGAAGGCAGCUCCCUGACCUACUCCUCCAUCUCUGACCACAUCCCCCCGCCCCCGCUCAGCCCCCCGCCGCCGCCGCCCCUGCCCUUCCAUGACCCCAAGCCCAGCUCGCGCACCCCUGACGGUCCCCGGGGCCCCGCUCAGGCGCUAGCCAAGCCCCUCACCCAACACAGCCAUCCAGUCCCUCCACCGCCGCCACCUCCCCUACCCCCACCCGUGCCCUGUGCACCCCCCAUGCUGUCCCGGGGCCUGGGCCACCGCCGCAGUGAGACCAGCCACAUGAGCGUCAAGCGCCUGCGGUGGGAGCAGGUGGAGAACUCAGAAGGCACCAUCUGGGGUCAGCUCGGGGAGGACUCUGACUAUGACAAGUUGAGCGACAUGGUGAAAUACCUCGACCUGGAGCUCCACUUUGGCACCCAGAAGCCUGCUAAGCCGGUGCCCGGGCCUGAGCCGUUCAGGAAGAAGGAGGUGGUGGAGAUCCUGUCCCAUAAGAAGGCCUACAACACCUCCAUCCUGCUGGCGCACCUGAAGCUGAGCCCGGCCGAGCUGCGGCAGGUGCUCAUGAGCAUGGAGCCCCGGCGCCUGGAGCCCGCGCACCUGGCGCAGCUGCUGCUCUUCGCGCCCGACGCCGACGAGGAGCAGCGCUACCAGGCCUUCCGCGAGGCGCCCGGCCGCCUCAGCGAGCCCGACCAGUUCGUCCUGCAGAUGCUGUCGGUUCCCGAAUACAAGACGCGCCUGCGCAGCCUCCACUUCCAGGCCACCCUACAGGAGAAGACAGAAGAGAUCCGGGGCAGCCUGGAGUGCUUGCGCCAGGCCUCCCUUGAGCUCAAGAACAGCCGGAAGCUUGCCAAGAUCCUGGAGUUUGUGUUGGCCAUGGGCAACUAUCUCAACGAUGGACAGCCCAAAACCAACAAGACCACAGGCUUCAAGAUCAACUUCCUGACGGAGCUAAACUCCACCAAGACGGUGGACGGGAAGUCCACCUUCCUGCACAUCCUUGCCAAAUCCCUGAGCCAGCACUUCCCCGAACUCCUGGGCUUUGCUCAGGACCUGCCCACCGUGCCCCUGGCUGCCAAAGUGAACCAACGGGCCCUGGCCAGCGACCUGGCUGACCUCCAUGGCACCAUCAGUGAGAUACAGGCCGCCUGCCAGAGCAUGUCCCCCUCCAGCGAGGACAAGUUUGCUGUGGUCAUGGCGUCCUUCCUGGAGACGGCCCAGCCAGUGCUACGGGCUCUGGACGGGCUGCAGCGGGAAGCCAUGGAGGAGCUGGGCAAGGCGCUGGCUUUCUUCGGCGAGGAUUCCAAAGCCACCACCUCCGAGGCCUUCUUUGGCAUCUUUGCGGAGUUCAUGAGCAAGUUCGAGCGAGCGCUCAGCGACCUGCAGGCCGGGGAGGGCACGCGCAGCUCGGGGAUGGUCUCACCCCUGGCCUGGUGACGGCGGCAGCCCCGCGCCCUCUGCGGCCCGAGCUCGGAGACGGACGCCCGAGGCCCGGCCCGCGCCCGCCCCUGGCGCCUCCCGCGGGGCCCUCGGCCACCCUGCGCCGCCGCGCCCCCCGCGCCCGCGGCUCCAGCUACCUCAGCCGGCGAGCUCCGGCCGCCCGCCCGCGGAGGUGCGGGGCUCGCCCGGGCACCCCUCCUGGCUCCGAGCGCUGGGGCGCGGGGCGGAGCGGACCCCGAGGCCGGCCUCCCGUGCGCCCUGGGCCCGGCCUUUCCCCAUCGCUCCGCCGGCUUCCUGCGCCUCCCCUGCCGCGCGCCCGGGCCCUCGAUCAAGUGCUGGCUCCGGACGUCGGGGUCCCGGGGAGCGGGCGCUGUGACCGGCCGGGGAUUGCGAAGUGGCCGCGGCCCCUGGGCAGCGUCUGCGUCCGCCCCUCGGCGGCUUGGCCAGAGCGCGCCCGGCCCCGAGGAAGGAUGUCCGAACUGCCUUUCUGAGCCUGCUCCGAACGGCCCGGGGGACGCCCUCGCGGACGGAGCAAGGACCUCCCGGAGCACGGACCCUGGAGAAGGAGCAGACCCCCUUGAACUGCCGCACCUGUGGGCAUGAGGCCUGGAGGUCCCUCACCCAGCCCGGGCCUCCUGGGGCUGCUCGGAAGAAGGCAGGCAGGAAGGAGAGCCCCAGGUACAGGGACCUGGGGGCGCGCGCACCGCCCCGAGCCUGCGUCUUGGAAGCUGGAAGAAACUGCUGUUGGCUGCAGCCCAGAACGGGGACAGGCGGGAGAGAAGCCAGGCAGGGAUGUAGGGAAGGGCUAGGAAAACUCUCCGUCGGACUGCAGAACUGAGGUUUCUAUCCAGUGGACAAACUUAGA